UUCUCUAAAAAAUUCUAUUAAUUUCUCCGAUGAAACGAAAACAAAACGACAGCGAAUCAUCCUCAACUUCUCAGCAUCCUCAAGGUAAAAUGACAAAAAAGGCAGAGAUUGUAGACUUUGAUGAAGCUUUUGGACUUCUUGAAGAUCCAUUGGAGGAUAUUGCGACUGAAACAUUACAACCUGAGGUUUAUUUAUAUUUUUUUUUGUUACAUUUAAGCAGGACAACGAUCGAGUCGUAG